CCGCCUCUUUGAUAUAGAAAUAGAGAAUCACUUCGACUCAAAAGCCCUAGAAAUUACAAACCCUAGAUCUUUGUCCCUCAUUGAUGAUGGCACUCAACGCGAACGGAUCAGCGCCGGCGAAGCCGAGCAAGCUCCGUUGGGGGGAGCUCGACGAGGACGACGGGGAGGAUCUCGAUUUCCUUCUGCCGCCGCGCCAGGUGAUUGGCCCCGACGAGAACGGCAUCAAGAAGGUGAUCGAGUACAAGUUCGGGGAGGAUGGGUACAAGGUCAAGAUCACCACCACCGCCCGCGUGAGGAAGCUAGCUAAGGCGCGCCUGAGCAAGCGGGCCGUCGAGCGGCGGAACUGGGCCAAGUUUGGGGACGCCGUCCACGAGGACGUGGGCAGCCGCCUCACUAUGGUGUCGACUGAAGAGAUCCUCCUGGAGAGGCCCAGGGCUCCUGGCACCAAGGCUGAAGAAAACAAGAUGGCUGGGGACAACUUGGCUCAGCUUGGAAAAGGAGGAGCUGUCCUCAUGCUGUGCAGGACCUGUGGCAAGAAAGGGGAUCACUGGACUUCGAGGUGCCCUUACAAGGAUCUUGCCCCACAGACUGACGUUUUCGUCGAUAAGCCUCCUACAUCGGAGACAGCUGCAUCCGGCCCUGGAACCACCAAGGCUGCCUAUGUUCCCCCGAGCAUGAGGGCAGGAGCGGAAAGAACUGGAACGGAGAUGAGGCGUAGGAAUGAGGAGAACUCUGUCCGGGUUACGAACCUGUCAGAAGACACAAGAGAGCCCGACUUGCUCGAGCUGUUCCGCACUUUUGGCCCUGUCAGUCGUGUGUACGUGGCUAUAGAUCAGAAGACUGGUGUUAGCAGGGGGUUCGGCUUUGUAAACUUUAUCAACAAGGAAGAUGCCGAGAGAGCUAUCAACAAGCUUAAUGGUUAUGGUUAUGACAACCUCAUCCUUCGGGUUGAAUGGGCGACACCGAGGCCAAAUUAGACUUUACGGACACAUAUGUAUUGCUUUGCAGUGUUUGUCCAGUUUUCUCUGAGAUUUUGGUCGUCUGUGGAACCAUUUAGCUUAAGGAUUGAAUGACAAUGUUAUUUCAUAUCAUAAGAAAAGUAUGUGGUCGUAUUCUUUCGGUGGUCA